AUGAUUAUUAGAAAUCCCAUAGAUAGAUUAAUUAGUGGAUUUAUGCAAUUAUGUUAUUUUAGAAUCUAUCUUAAAAAAGAUCAAGAUUAUUGUUAUGGAUGUAGUAAAAAUUUAACAUGUUUUAUUUAUAGUCUUAAAAGUGAUUUAUUAAAUGUUGUUGAUAAAAAGAUUAUUCCACAAGGAUUUUAUAAUUAUCACUUUUACCCUCAAACAUGGCAAUGUGAUUAUUAUAAAUAUAAAUAUAAUUACACAUACAUUAAAUACUCAAAAUCAAAUAAAGAAAUAUUUUAUAAAACAUUAAUUAAUUAUUUAACUAUGGUACAUGUUCCAACAAAACAUAUAAAUUACUUAAAAAAUAUACUACACUCUAUAGUGACACCACAUACUACAAUAACAAAAAAUGAAACAACAUUCAACAAAAAUUAUCUUUAUAACAGUCAAGAUUUACUUAUAAAGUUAUGUGAAAUGUUUUACUAUGAUUUUAUUGAAUUUAAAUUUGAAAUGCCUGAUUCAUGUUUACAAAAAGAAAAAACUUAA